GAAGUAUCUAGCCUACAACCGUUUUUUGAAAUGGCUCGUUUCUCAUUUCUGCUAGCUUUCGCCAUUGGCACCGUGCUCUGUCUGUCCGUCGGUCAGUCCCGGGCCUCUCCGUUGCCGAAUGCAGUCGAAGGGGUAGCGGAUAGUCCGCAAAUUCCCAACAUGCCAAGCCCGGGAGAUUUCCCGAGGCCACCCAAUAUGGCGCACAGUCGGCUGGUCCGUCAAGCUCCGCCGGAAGUUCCCGGACAGGAACAAUUUCCUCCACCACCGCCACAUCCGCAUGCUGCGUCGAUGAGAGCCCGUCGCGAUGCGCAGGCAUUCGACGAUCGCAACGCUGACGCAUUUACCAACGCGCUAACGAACGAAGACGGGACACGUGAAAAGCGAGCUGCCAAAGGAACGGGAGGAAAGCUUCCGAGCAAGGCUGGAUAAGACGGCGGCGAGGGUAGUAUCGUGAGGCACAGCCCUGUUAGUCGUUUAGCCGCCGUUUGCAUGGUAUCCUGAAGGCUCACGCUAAAAAUUAUACAUUUGGGAAUGGGAAGUGUCGUAAGGAGCAAUUAUAUGUACUACAGAACAAUAAACAUUCACGCAAGCAGCAAUU